GAAAAGUACUGGGGAAAAUAAUAAUGAUAAUACAAACAAAGCAUAGAAAGCGCAGGUCGUCGUAGUAAACGCAACGCGGUGUGUGCGUCCAGACCUUGAAUUAUUACUCCAUUUUUUUUUUUGAUUAAUUGCACUUAACUCGGUUAGAGUUUGUGUUAUUUUUUAUUUCUGGUACGGUAAUUAGUAAAUUGACGUCCGCAAUCAAGCAAAUUAUAUUUUACGAAAACAUUUAUUGUGCAUCUGGGUCAGGAUGUCAUUAAUUCGGAUAAUCGAAUCCCGCCGUCAUGACCACACGUACUCCGUCAAAUCUGCCGGACACGACAAAGACGAAGAUAACCGACGAUUGGUGCGUCCGCUCAAACACACACACAAGUGGAGGAGGCGUGGUCGGUAGGAGAAGGAAGAACGAGUAGCGAAAAAAAAAAAAAAGAGAAGAGAGAAAAAGAACAAACGAGGAUAAUAGAGGAAGAAAAAGAGCAAAAGCCAACUUCUGGGAUUCCCUGGCGACCUGUCCAAGCAAGGUUCACAAGUUGUUUAUGUAUUGUUUCUCUUCUAUUUUAACUUUUUUUUUAUUCGUGUUAUUCGUGUGUUGUUAUUAUUCCCUGCUGCUGGCUUUUCCUCUUUCCGCUCUCAGUCGGUUCGCGCGAAUGCAGUGUUUUGCACGACAAAGUCAAGAUUGAAUGGAACGAGAGAGAACUGAGAGGACCUCCGAAGAGGGAAUCAUCGAACUCGUUUUUCAAGCAAGUUCAUGGCGCAUUCACUGAGCUCAUCGCACCCGACUCGCGUUCCUCUUAUCUAAGUCGAGUUGAGAAAUAAAACGGCAAACUAAUCUCUUUCUCUCGCUCCGUGCACGAACACGACAAUCCUGUUCCAAUUUCGCGUGCGAAUCGAAUUCAUUUCCAGCAAUACACCGACGACGACGACGACGAUGAUGACGACGACGGCUUUCGCGAUCCUUCUCAUCGCUCUGGCGAUUAUCCAAACCAAUUGUCAGGUCAUAAGCGAAUCCGACGUGGGCUUUCCUGAGCUGGAAAAAGGCGAUCAUCAUGACAAAAGCGCACGAGUCCCGCUUUACAUCCCUGGAAUGUGCCCAGAAAAUCAGCUUCUCUACCCUGGUUACCAGAACAACGAUUGGAUCUGCGACUGCCAACCAUCGCACGUGUAUUUCCCAACGGAAGAUCGUUGCUUCCCAACGUACAGGCAAGGUCCUUGCAAACAGAGCGAGUAUCUGAUAUUGAAAAAAGGUGAAUUCAAUCCUAUUUGCGUGCCGAAUCCGUGCAAGGACGACGGACUGGUGUGGUACGAAAACGCGUGCUACAAAUUGAACGAGCCCGGCAAACCCUGCAAACCGAUACUCGAAGGGGGCGGUAUCUUCGGCGUCAACUCCUCCACGCUCGAGCUCGACUGUCUGAUUGGCUCGAGCCCAUUGGCCCUCCUCCAGGUGCCCGGAAACUGCCCACCCGGAAGUCAGCGCGACAGAGCGAACCGAUGCAGACAGAAGUUUUAGAGAGAACAAAAAGCACAAAUAUUCUCAUCUCCUCAAAAACCGCAGAAACACUUAACAUUAUUUAUACGUUCUUAAAAUAAAUAUGCAUUUCUUUUUUUUUUGUAUAA